AGUUAGUAGCAGUAGACCCACUACUACACUCUACAGUACAAGAGCCGAGUUUUACAUCUCAUUUUGUCAGAAGCAGGUGAAGUAGGCACGUCACUUAGUCUUUGCAGCUACAUGUAGCUGCAUGCACACAGCAUUUCGAAAUAAUUAUUUGAAAUAGAGACGGAAGCUGUUGUGUGCGUAAGCGAAUCAAGGCUACUAAGUACUAGUAGUAGCGCAAGGACAUGGAUGUUGUAGUGGAGUACUCCGAGUAACAGUGGUUGGUAGAGCACCGCAGAGUGGGAUACUGAGUACCGCACGCUGUCAGCCAGCACGGCGCACAGCAGGCGUAGGAAGUAGAAACGGAGGCACUUAGCAUCAGGUCGGGGGACACACAAAGAUAAUAAUUUUUGGUCACUCCUGCACCAGAACUUCUUGCUACCCUGGUGACGUGUCGUUCCUGAGCAGUACUCUGUCUCUGCGUGUCGUCUCCUUCCCCAAGAAAGAUGUUGAUUCUACAGCAUAUGUACCUGCUUGCGGCGCUGUUGGCGGGGUCGUCGACACUCACACCAGGCCUGGCAUCUGUUGAUGAUGAAACCUGCAGAGAUCACCUGUCGUUCUUGUGCAGCGACGGCACUCAGUGCAUACCACGGCAGUGGCAUUGCGACGGUGCUGUGGAUUGCAGAGAUGGCUCUGAUGAGGGAGUGGACCUUUGUGGAACUACCGUCCAACCAGCCCCAAAUUGCCCCACAGACUUCCUGAAGUGUGGACAAAGCCAAACUAACCCUGGACAAUGCGUUCACGAAAAGGACUGGUGUAAUGAUGUGCCAGAUUGUGACAAUGGCGUUGACGAGGACUUUUGUAUGGAGCGAUAA